CUUCUUUUUUUACGAUGGCAAAUAAUAGUACCAAAGUCAUUAAUGACAAUUCUAUCUUGCCUAUUAUUUACGAGACAAAUUUUACUAUUGCAUUAGAAAUUGCCGAAGAAUUUGAGAGCUGGUUACAAGAUCACCUUAAUGAGACAUUGAAUAAAAAAUCUGGUUUCCGUGAUGCAGAAGUAUUUCAACGCGAUCCUCAAAAUGACGAUGACCCUGAAGUUAAAAAUCCCGAUAGAGUUCACAAAUAUUUUACCAUACUUUUUGAAGUAGAAAAUAAAGACAGUAUCGAUCGUUAUUUAAGAGAAGAGGCUCCAAAAAUUCAAGAAACUUUAGAGCAAAAAUUUAAUCAGAAGGAUGCUUUGGUUGUUUCUUCGCGUCGUAUUCUUUAUCCAGUUUCACUUUGGGCUAAGAGACAAAAUUACGAAAAGAAAUAAUUUAGAACUUAUGUGUGAUUAUUUUAUUUUAUUUUUCAAUAAUGAAUAUUACAAAUUUAUUGUAAUAAAUUCAAGAAAUUAAAAUACCACGUAAAUUAUUA